AUGGUAUAUGGAUUCAUUAUACAUUCAAUAACAGCAGAUAAAAAGAGUGCUGCUGCUCAACAACAACAACAACAACAACAGUUUUCAGUACCAACCGUUUAUCUAUCACAAUACUAUACAUCAGAGGGUAACGAUGACAAUACUAUAAAGAGACAGAGUAUUAUAUUGGCUAGAGUAUUGUACGACUAUCAAUUUAGAUAUGGGUGUGAGAAUACAAAACCUGAUGAACGGUUGCACCCCGAUUGGGCAGUAUCCUAUAUCCAAAGACAAAAGGAACAACAACUCAUCACUCAAAUGUCAAUGCAACCUGGUGGCUACAGUGGCAGCUCAUCAUCAUCAUCUUCCACUUCACCAGCAGCAUCUAGUAUACUCUCUAGAGCCGAUAGUUCAUAUCGUGAAGGUAUCUUUAAAAUCAACCCAUCUCAAAGUACACCUACCAUCUCUUCACCAAAUGAUCCGCUAUCACUCCUCUCAAAUGACUAUCCUAAUCUAUUCACUACUCCAAAAUAUGUAGUUUGGAAAAAUCUAUUAGGGGUAUGCUUUACAAUGAUUUGUGAUCAAGAUGAGAAUAGAUUAUUGGCAGCAAGUUUCCUUACAUCAUUUAGUAAUAUAUUGGUAGACUAUUACAAGAGUAUAUUAUCAAAGUCAUCGCCACAAGAGAUAUUUUCAAGAAGUGAUGAGAUAUUGGUACUAUUAAAUAGUUAUAUGCCAAAUGGACAACUGCUCUAUUCUUCACAACAAUUUGCCAAACAUAUCAAAUCAAAUGUUCCAACACUUUAA